GUCUCAUGCCACCUGCGCCCCUCCUUGUCCUUUUCUCUCUCCUUUUCGCAAUGGCGCUCUACGAGCUUGCUCGGCGCGCAUUCGUGUGCGGAGCGUUCUUUCUCGCGUCUGGUCCCGUGUUCCCGAAUGUUGCACGGAUAGGAGUACAGACUGCACAGGCACAAUAUCUCUUAGGUUUAGGUAUUGGUGAUAUCACUGGGCCAGUUGUCGAAACGAACAUGAUGGGGUACGCAAAUCUCGCACAAACAGACAGGGGUCUGCAUAUGCGCCAACGCAGUCGUGCAUUCGUGAUCGCAGAUGCGAAUGACCCGUCUUCGCGUGUUAUCUUCAUCAACGCCGACAUCGCAAUGGGUGACACCGGUGUCAGACGAACCAUAGUUUCUGAACUGACCUCUCAGUUCCCCGGUGUAUACACAAACGAAAAUAUAGCCUUUGUCGGAACGCACCAACACUCCGGUGUUGGCGGGUACCUUGAGGAUCUCCUCCCGCAAAUCACAGCAUUAGGUUACGUCAACGCUUCUGCACAGGCAAUCAUCCAAGGCACUGUCCUCGCAGCUCAACGAGCACAUGCAAACCUUGCUCCUGGUUCUCUUUCAGUGGGAAAUACUACCAUUGUUAAUGGGAAUAUCAACCGUUCGCCGGCUGCUUAUCUAGCGAACCCUGCUGAUGAGAGAGCCCGGUAUCAGUUUGACCAGGAUAAGGACUUUACGCUUGUUAGGUUUGAUGAUGAGCAGGGAAAUGCAAGAGGAUUCUUGAGCUUCUUUGCGGUGCAUGGGACAAGUCUUUAUGAGAAUAAUACGCUUGUUAGCGGAGAUAAUAAAGGCAUGGCAGCGUUUUUAUAUGAGGAUAUGGUCGAACCUAAUGCAAUGCCGGGGAACACGACGUUCGUGGCUGGAUUCGUGCAAGCAAACGUUGGAGAUACAAGUCCAAACACGGACGGUGCCUUCUGUGAGAGCCCAGGAGAACCUUGGGAUGGCCAGCCGUGUGAAUUCGAACAUUCAACGUGCGGAAACAAAACGGAAGAUUGUCAUGGACGCGGACCCGGAUUCCGCAUCUCGGACUUUGAGUCGAAUCGGAUUAUUGGAGACUUACAGUUUCAGGCUGCGCAGACGCUUAUGAACGCUCAGAAUCGGACACAGAUUUCUGGUCCUGUGAAGAGUGUACACACGUAUCUGAACAUGUCAUUCCAUUCGUUUACGCUUCCGAAUGGGACGACUGUGCAGACAUGCCCGCCUGCACUCGGAUUCAGCUUUGCUGGUGGAACGACAGAUGGGCCAGGAGCAUUUGAUUUCAUUCAAGGUGACAACACGUCUCAGCCUCAGAAUCCAUUUUGGGAGAUCGUGAAGGGUGCUGUAACACCAGAGCCAAACGACGAACAGAAGGCCUGUCAAGACCCGAAACCUAUCUUACUCAACACCGGAUUCGCACAUUUCCCAUAUGAAUGGAGUCCAUCGACAGUGGAUAUUCAGAUGCUGCGUGUCGGGAACUUUGUAAUGCUCGUUAUGCCUGGCGAGUUGACUACGAUGUCUGGGCGGAGGAUUCGAGAGGCUGUUCGUGCGGAGCUUAUAUCCCAAGGCGUGAUAGGCGACGAUGCAUAUGUUGUGAUCGCCGGUCCUGCGAAUACGUAUGGACAUUAUGUCGCGACGAGGGAAGAGUACGGAGUUCAGAGGUAUGAAGGGGCGUCGACGCUCUAUGGACCUUUUACGUUGGAGGCAUACAUCGAUAAGUAUACGAGCCUUGUACCGUUCCUUUCCCCUAGUGCUAGUGGGACACCAGCCUCUGAUGCACCGCCUGCAGAGCAGACCUCGAAGGCUAUUUCUCUCCAGACGCCCGUAAUACAAGACAACCCACCUAUAUUCAAGAGUUUCGGUGACGUGUUGAGUGAUGUAAGGACGAGCUCACCGUACUCUGCGGGAGAGACUGUACAAGCGUGGUUCGUCGGUGCAAAUCCUAGAAACAACCUGCGCUUGGAAGGUACUUUCCUCAGCGUUGAUCAGCAGAACGGAAAUGGAGCGUGGACGGCAGUGAGGAGCGAUUCGCAUCCUUCGACUACGUAUCAAUGGAUCAGGAACGAUACGAUAAUCGGGACGAGUACUGUGACGAUUUCUUGGACAAUCGAAUCUGGGACGCCUUCCGGAACGUACCGCCUUCGCUAUUUCGGCGACGCCAAAUCACUUUUCGGUGGAGGGAUUACGUCGUUCGUGGGCACGUCGAGUAGUUUUACGGUUUCCUGAGUAAAUUUAAGGUCAUAUUUUGAGUGGUGUAUUCUGUAUCUUUUACUCGUUCACAUUCCGGGGAGUUGUUGGUGUUGGAUGUGUUCUGCUUUGCUUCAAGGGCUUUUCGUGCUUUCACUUGCAAUCUCCGCAUGCUUGUGAUACCUAUCACUAUUUCACUUAUCGUCUUAUCAUUAACGAAUUUUCAUGAGCUUUAUGCAU